AUGUCAAGUUCCAAGACCGAUCCGCCCUUGCGAGUCUUGACUCCAAGGCUGGCGGAAUCGCGUCCAAACAUUCCCUCGUCAGUCGACCGCAAAACAGGAUCAGCCGAGACGGUUGAUACAGUGUCUCAUGAAGGCCCACCAAGUCCCCACGGACGUGGAGCGGCCUUUUGGGUUGUCUUUGCCAGCUUAUCCCUCAUGGCUUUGCUGAGCGCAAUGGAAGGCGGCAUCAUGUCCACGGCCCUCCCAUCCAUCUCGCGAGCUGUCAAUGCCGAAGGCAACUACGUCUUGAUUGUCAACGUAUACGUUCUCGCUAGCGCGGCUGUCCAGCCUCUGUACGGCCAGGUGGCUGACCUAUGGGGCACAAGGUGGCCAAUGCUGUCUUCCAUCACCAUCUUCGCCACCGGAUCGGCAAUGUGCGGUGCCGCCAACGAUAUAGCUACUCUUAUUGGCGGGCGGACAAUUCAAGGUUUCGGCGUCGCCGGCAUCAACAUUCUCGCAGAGGUUAUCCUCUCUGAUCUUUUGCCCAUGCGCCUGCGGGAACGUGACCAGUUCAUGGGCUUCAUUUUCCUUUUUACCGUACUCGGGUCCCUGCUUGGACCAUUCCUGGGUGGGAUCAUUAUUGGUGGAGCAUCCUGGCGGUGGAUAUUUCUCCUGAACCUGCCGUUUUGUGGAUUCUGCCUUGGUCUUCUUUUCAUUUCCCUCAAGCCCGCCAAGGCCCGAAGCAACGACGAUAGGACACCGCUGCAAAAGGUCAAGAGUAUCAAGUACGACGUCGGCAUCAUCCUCCUGUGCGCAUCCGUUACGUCCGUUUUAUACGUCAUGGCAUACGGCGGCAGCGGGGCAGAAUACCCGUGGUCGCAUCCCAUUAUCAUCACGGCCUUGGUGCUCGGUCUCUUGGGUCACGUCUUAUUCAUCGCCUUCGAGGUGUCACCCUGGUGCCAUAACCCUGUGUUGCCAAUGCCCCAAAACAGAACGUCCAUCGCCGCCUAUGUGCUCGAGGUCCUGCAAACCCUGGUGUCAUGUGGCACGCUUUAUUUUCUACCACUGUAUUUCCAGUCUACACUUGCUGUUUCCCCACAAACCUCUGGAGUCCUACUUCUACCCUUUUCAAUUUCGUUUUGCAUCUCUCCCGCGUUAGGUGGUGGUCUGGCCAACAACUCGGGAAGGUUCCGAUCUUUCCAUGUUAUCAGUUUCAUCCUCAUGACCAUUACAAUGGGCAUUUUUACUUUGCUUGGCCACGACACACCCCUAAGUGCAACUGCCAUUAUUGGAAUAAUGGCCGGUAUCAGUGUGGGCCUUCCCAGCGCCUCCAUCCUGGCGGUGAUUCGGACCGCUCUGCCCAACUCGCUCGAAACAGCAAACUCCGCAUUCGCGUUGAUCAGAAGCAUCUCGACUGCCUUUGCUUUCUCGAUCCCGGCUGCAGUCUUCAACAACCGGUUUGACCAACUACUUGCUGCAUCGACUUUGGACAGCAGCGUUAGGGAAAAUCUUCAGCUCGGCAAGGCGUAUCAGCAAGCCUCGUCAGACAUGUUCAAUACCCAAGCCGAGGUAGUUGGCAUUUACGAGCUGAGCCUAAAGCUUGUCUGGCAGAUCCUCAUUGGCGUGGCUGCUGUCGGCAUUGCUGCGUCUUUGGUGGAGAAAAAUCUAGAGUUCCACCCAGAUGCGACAACGGAUGAAGAGUUUGGGUUGGAGGAGAGUAAGGGCAGGCCAUCUAAUAAAAGCGAGGUAAGAAUGUCUGGCAUGAAUACCUAG